GAUGAGGAAACGGACUGCUAAAGCUAGAACAAUAAAGACUGCAAUUUCUCCCAGCAACGGAGAUACCAGAAGAAAGAAGACUGCAAGCAUGUCUGCCAAUUCAUCUUUAGUGAAUUUUUUUGUACUGGCUACCUUGGGCUUACCUUCUGCAUAUAUGUACCCAGCAUUUGUAUUCGGAACACUUACCUAUCUCAUUAUUGUAUUCUGCAAUUCGCUUGUAAUAUUGACAAUUGUAGUGAGUAAAAGGCUACAUAAGCCUAUGUUACUCCUGCUUAUUAAUCUGCCCAUUAGUGACAUUCUAGGGGCGUCAGCUUUUUUUCCUCACCUUGUUUUCAGCAUUUUGACACAGAACAGAAUGAUCUCCACUCCUGCAUGUACAAUUCAAGCUUUUCUCAUUCACUUGUAUGGUACCGGAAACCUUCUGGUAUUAAAUGCUAUGGCAUAUGAUAGAUACAUUGCAAUAUGCAAUCCACUAAAGUAUAAUGCUAUCAUGAGUUCAAGUAUUAUUAUAAGAAUCAUCUCUUUUAUAUGGGUUUUCAAUUUCUCGAUUAUAGUAAUACUGUUGGCUUUAACUUUUCAAUGUAAAAUUUGCAGGACAAAUAUAGUAGAUUUAUAUUGUAACAAUCCAUCCUUCAUAAAACUAGCAUGCGGGGACACCACCGUGAGCAACUAUUAUGGGAUAUUCAUAACCUUUAUCGUAUCGGGAGGUUCAGUGUUAAUAAUAGCCUUCACAUAUAUACAGAUUUUGCGUACAUGUGUUAUGACUAAUAAUAUAGAUGCCAGGAAAAAAGCCAUUCAAACAUGUGGGACCCAUUUAGUUGUUUUUUUAAUACUGCUAAUUAAUACCACCUUUACAAUCUUCUCUCAUCGUUUUCAGAAUGUUUCCCCUUUUCUGACAAGGGCUUUUGGGGUGUCUAUUCUGAUCUUUCCACCAUUCCUGGACCCAAUAAUAUAUGGACUUAAAACAAAAGAACUAAAACAAAGUAUGAUAAUGUUUCUAAAAAGGCAUAUGAGGUCAACAAAAUAGCUUCUUUCUUUGUUAGAUAAAAGGAAGGGUUUGACAUUGUUCCUUUGGCGACACACAUUUAAUUUUGUAUAAAGGUUCUUUAAAUUGUAUUUAUAAUGUCAAAGCUAUUUCAAAGUUCUCCACAAAAUGUGUUUUUAUUAGUAUAUAUAGUCAGAUACAUUAAGAGAAAAACAGUCACUGCUUUGGGUAGUGACUACGUGUACUUAAACCUAUAUGCUUAGUUGCUGCCUUUGCAAACCUCUUUUUUUGCUACUUAUUUAGUUAUUUGGUCUCAUGUUAAUUUACUCAGAUAUAACUAUCAGGUCAGGUUUAGUCUGCCUUCAAGUAAGCUGAAGGAGUGUUUAUGUGUAUAAUGUUUGUGACUCAUGGUUGAGUUUAUAACAAAAAAGGAACCUUUUUUUCUGAUUAGUUUAGGUGCAAAGCAGUAAGCGCAAAUGUAAAUGUGUUUAGUGUAAUGGUUUCAUGUAAAAGUUUAACAUGCUGUAUUCUAUUUGCUUUUUCAUAUGAAGUAGCAAUGA